UGGGACAACAAAAUCUCUGGUCUCCGACUUUGCUUGCUUGCAUGUCCAUUCGGUGCCUCUACGUGCGUGAGGCGCAUACCGUGUUGUGUGCUGUGCCGUGCUAUCAACAGGUUUUGGACACGGGCUUUGGCUCUGCGUUCCACCGCCGGCGCAGCCCUGGCGUCCCAGGCGCCAGGCGGCUUGGCGCCGGGCGCCCUGCCGCCACCGCCUUCGUCGCCGCCGCCAGCGCCGCUGGACCCCAGCGACCCGAUCCUCACCAACCCUACGGUGGCGUUGGCCGUCAAGUCCUUCCGCAACAUGCGCAGCGCCGCGCUCACGCCGGUCGCCCGGCGACUCCGCGAGAUCAUGAUCAAGCGCCAACAGCUGCGGCAACAGCAACAGGAACAGAUGGCGCUGCAGCCGCACUCCGACAGCAAUGGGGGCCAGGACUGGACAGAGGUCAGCAUAGCAUGCCCGCCUCCCGGAACCAACCUGGCAGGCCGAAAGCUUCUCAAGGGCCGCCGGCCACUCAUACCUCCGGGUCAGCUGCUUCGAGAAACCCUGGGCGCCGACGUGCUGCUCCUCCUCGGAGCCCUGCUCGCGUUCCUGGGCUCGGCCGUCACGCUGCUCGCGACCUACGGACGUUUCGGCAACCCGGAAUCUCGGCCCACCGUUCUGGGACUGGGACCGCCCCUGGUAGGCAUCGGGUUCGUGUUCUGUCUGCUCAGACUGUUCUUCUGCCAAACGCAGAAGAUCAAGAACGCUUGCUGCGGUUGGCUGCUGGCCGCUCGCGUCCAUCCCAGUCGGGGUGGCAGCCGGACGCCGAUCAACGUGGCUACUGCCGUGGCGCCUCAGGUGGUGGACCACGGUGUCUCGUACGACGCGACGCGGUUCAGCCAAACCUGGACUAUUACGUGACGGUCGGCUUCCAUGUGAUCAUGUGUGUGCUUGCCUUCUCUCUCCAGGUGUUGGUGUGUUCUUUGACUACCACGGCAUCUCGUAUGACGCGACGGGGUUCAGCCAGACCUGGACUAUUACGUGACGGUCGGCUUCCGCAUGGUGUUGUUGUGUGUGCUAGCCUUCUUUCCGGAAGGUGGCAUAGUGAGUGCUUCGACUUGUGUGCCAACCUAUGUUUACUUGACUUUACUCGUACAAAGUGAUGGGACUGCAUAAGCAGAGGCAAAGCAAAAUAAGUGAAUAGUGGCUCUUCGAAACGGAGCAACAUGUUUCUAUACUUCGUUCCAUACAUAGCAGUGAACGGCCACACAAACAGUUUAGUCAACAAAAUGUAUAACUUUGCACGUCUCUUAGCUGCAUUUCGUCGUUGUAAGUGCUCGUGUGAGCAGAGCAAGGGCACACACAUCAAGCGUCUUCGACACUUGAAAUGAAAACCUAAGAAACGGAGACAACAAAACGCCAAGAGAUAUAGAACAACAUAUUCACAGCCGUUUAACAGAGUUGUUUAUCUCUAAGCCACAAAAGCUUCUAAUUUAUUACUCCACAUAAUACUGAAAGAAAUCAGAUUGUGGGUGCGAACACACCAAGAAGUCUCGCUAGCCUCCACAGCAUUGACUGUUAUGUAUGGAACGAAGUAUAGUGAAACCUAUACUACUCCGUACUCCUAACUGUGGUUCCUUCUUCCGCUACUAUGGUCCUUGGUGCUGCUGAUGACUGUUCCCAGGGCUGGUGCUUUUUUGUUGGGCCUGUGUUGCCAGGAAUGGUAGAAGGGGAACAAUGUACAAGGGGACAAAGCCUCGCGAGAAGCAAUUCUCCAUCACAAACAUUUGUCAAAUGUCUUUCAUUUGUUAGUCAUCUUGUCUUUCUGCAGAAAAGACUACAGGAGCUAUGAUUUUACCAUUGCAGUGCCGUCCAACCAUUUAACUGCAACCUAACUGCGAUACAGCAAAAUUAUGCAAACGGAUUUGGUUGGGAUGUGGCAAUGAUGCACUGUAGACUAUCACCAUUUCAAACCAUUGUAAUGAGUUAUAUAUUGGCUCCGAACAUUUGUUUCUUACAUAAACAUCUGCAAAUGCUCCUAACAUUUCCCCCCCACUUUUCUUUCACAUAAAUAGAAUGAAUGUGGUUAAAAUUGCGCAGACAUGAGAGCCUGAUACUUGCAUUAUGAUGGCAGUGUUAUUAAUAGUGUUGAUUACUUUCCGACCGUGCUAUCGGAUUCUUCUAAUGGCACACAAAAAUAUGUUUGAAGCUACUAGUCAUUGCCAUGUUGCUUUUCUAGUCAUCAGCCGGUGAUUCUCCUAAAAAAUGCACAAGUUACUAUACAAUGUUGCAAGAGGAAAAAAAAAAACUAACAAUUGAUAAACAGCAUGAGACUACUGCAUCAGUUGCCAAAAUAAUAGCCCAUGCAGUUGACACACACAGAUUUCAAGCAGUUCCGAAUAGCUGAUGUUUUUUUAAAAAUCUCACUAAAGCAACCAACGUCUAAAAGCUUUUGCACAAUCGAAGUGAAUGCUGGCACGGAGUACUUAGUUACACUUUGCUUCGAGGAACGCCUGUGUU